AUCGAUUUGACAACCUUGGAACAUGCCUAUCGGCUUCCCUCUUUCUCGACAUAUGAGAGAGAGAUUUCAGAGCUCCCAACAUGCGCAUUGAUCGGUCGGUCCGAUUCGGGUGAACAAGAUUGGAAAAGGAAGGUUAGCUAUGAUGAGCAUGAAUUCUGCCGAAUAAAUAUACUCGGGUUUGGUUGGAUGGGAUCAUGAAUGGUGGAUGUCAUCGAUGAUAUGGCGGGGGACGGCAACAUUUAUUCUCUUACGCCCUUAAAAAUUGAGUCCGCAGACCAUGCUUGCUCCCCCCUGUUUAGGUUUUAGUUCGAGGAGCUCUCUUCUGUCUCCGCUAUAAAUCACUUCCUGGGCCGCAGCCAGCUUCUUUCAAAUCUGAGCUUAUUUGGAGGCACGAUUUCUGUUUGUCAAUGGCGGGAUUUCUCUCUAUGCUGAGGCGAACAUAUCUCGCCGUCUAUAACUGGGCCGUCUUCAUUGGAUGGGCACAGGUGUUGUUCUUAGCUGUGAAGACCUUGAAGGAAUCGGGUCAUGAACAUGUGUACAGUGCAGUUGAGAAGCCACUCCAGCUCGCUCAAACUGCUGCUAUUUUGGAGGUCUUACCACUCUUUUCUCACUUCUAUCCUAAUGGGCUUUUUCUAAAUUUUUAGAAGACCGUUGCUUUUGAACUAGGAGUUCCCCAAUAUAGGAUCAAUGAUGCUGCUCUCUCUUUUCAUUUAUGCUAUUUUCACAUUGCAUAUGAGGAUUGCUGAAUACUGUCUGUCUUUUUGUGGUUUGCAGAUUCUCCAUAGUUUAGUGGGUUUGGUUCGGUCUCCCAUAACGGCAACACUCCCACAGAUUAGCUCGCGAUUGUAUCUUACAUGGAUCAUUUUGCAUAGUUUCCCCGAGGUUCAGACGCACUUCCUCGUUAGUAGUUUGACUAUUAGUUGGUCGAUCACCGAGAUUAUUCGAUAUUCAUUCUUCGGCAUGAAGGAAGCCUUUGGUGCAACACCUUCAUUUCUUUUGUGGCUCAGGUACAGCACUUUUUUGGUGAUGUAUCCCAUUGGUAUCAGCAGUGAAGUUGGUCUCAUUUAUCUUGCCUUGCCUCACAUAAAGGUGUCUGAAAAAUUCUGCAUAAGGAUGCCCAACAAAUGGAACUUCUCCUUUGACAACUUCUACAUCGCUUUCAUUGCUCUUGGAAUCUACGUCCCAGGUUCUCCCCACAUGUACAGGUACAUGCUUAGCCAAAGGAAGAAGGCUCUCUCGAAAUCAAAGAGGGAAUAGAAUAUUGCUUCCAGAAGAUUGAAGUGUGGUUCAUUCAUAUUAUUGGGACUAAAGUAGCUUUUGGUUGAUUGACCUUAUUCGGUUCAGAGUUGAUGUAAUAGUGUCUAGUGUAAGCGUGGAUGAUGGAACACUUGAAAAACUUAAUUAAUAGUGGUUGCACCUGUUUUCCAACGGUUCCACACGCACCAUCUUUUGAUUUCCUUUGAGAGCUUGUUCCGUGUCGCAAGCUUUUUAGCCUACAUGUUCAUACUUAUGGAUAGUAGGUGUAAGCUGAUUAUAGUCAAACGGAGGAGAAAGGGAAACGUCGGAGAAGAACUAGACCACAUUCACAACUCAACUAG